UACGUGAUUCCAUUUUCGGGCUUUAGACUUCUGUGAAUAUUAGAUUAACCUGUAUCUUUAUGUCAGACGGUUCUUUUUUUUUCUUUUUUUAUCUUUGGGCUAGUAAAUGUCAAAAUGUUUGUUACAUUUGUUACUAUUUGGAAAAUGUAAAUUGUAAUAGUUAUUUAGUUUAAUGGCAGCUCCAAGGAUGCCAAGUACAGUAACAAGUGGUUAUUCUCCUUUUGAAGAUGAACCUGUGGAAUUUAAUGAUACUUUUAAACCGGGAGAAGUUAAAAAAUCGCCACAGCCAACUGAAGAUUUCCCAAAUGAACUAGGAAGUACAUCAAGUCUGAAUCGAAGCCAGGUCGACAAUGUUUUGGAGCUUACAGAGACUGGUGAUUAUGCUGAUGCUGACCAACAUUGGGAGAUGAACUACCACGAGGCAUCUAUAUUUUUAGAGGAAGGAGAAAACAACGAGAAGUUUGACUCUCACCCCCACAACCCGGCUGCGUUGCCGGCAUAUCUGCUGGUGCACAACCGCUGGUACUACGGUCUGGACAUGGCCACCUCCAUUGUGUUGUUGGUGCUCGCCUUUGUUGAGGAUCCUGCGAUACCCUACUUCAAAGUUCCAGUUGCAGCUGCAAGUUCUGUUGAAUUGCUUGCGUUGUCCGUUAUUACUAUUGAGUUGGCAAUGAAGCUGCGAUGGAUUGGGUGGAGGACAAUAUUGAAACACAAGAGAACAAUGUUGAAGGGCUUGACGCUCGGAAUCAUGUUCAUGGAAGCGAUCACGGUGCUGAUACGCCAGUCGUCUCACUUCCGAGUCACCCGCGCCUUACGCCCCAUUUUCCUGGUGGACACGCGUCACUGUGGCCCCGUGCGACGCUUUAUACGCCAGAUCUUCCAAUCGCUGCCUCCGAUCCUCGACAUGAUGGGGCUGCUGCUGUUCUUCAUCUGCAUCUAUUCCCUGCUGGGCUUCUACUUGUUCAGCAGCUACAAGCACACGCAUCAUUUUGACACGCUGCAAGACAGCUUUGUGUCCAUGUUUGUCCUGCUGACAACUGCCAAUUUUCCAGAUGUGAUGAUGCCUUUAUAUUCCAAGAGCAAGUGGUACUCCAUCUUCUUUAUCUCCUAUCUCUGCAUUGUUCUCUAUGUGCUGAUGAAUUUGAUGUUGGCUGUAGUUUAUGAAACGUUCACUCGUAUUGAACGUGACAAAUUCCGCAAACUACUUCUUCACAAACGAAAAGCAUGUCAACAUGCUUUCAGAUUGUUGGUAUCAAAACAGAAUCCAAACAAAGUUCGCUUCAAACAGUUUGAAGGGUUAAUGAGAUACUAUGCACCAAAGAAGUCGUUGCUCGACACAGUGCUGAUGUUCAAAGAGCUGAAUGUGUCGGGCAGUGGAAGCCUCUCUCUGGAAGAGUUCUACAGCGUGUACGAUGCAGCUUUGCUGCGGUGGGAGCCCCAGUUCUCUCACAUCCCGUGGUUCCACACCACCUGGCCGCCUCUGCAGAAGUUGUGUCAGUUGGCUCACGAUGCUGUCAACUGGCAGUACUUCGAGCCUUGUGUCUAUGUAAUCACCUUAUGCAAUGGAGUUGCCAUGGUCAUCAGGUUAUUCAAUGAAAGCAGUAAUUUAGAAGAAGCUGCCGUAGCAUUUUGUGCAUCGUGGGACACAUUUACAUUCAUUGGCUUGUACGCAGUGGAAGCCAUGUUGCGAGUGAUGGGCUUCGGCGUUGGCCGCUACUUCAAGUCGGGCUGGAACGUGUACGACUUCCUGGUGAACGUGGCAGCGCUGCUGGGAGCAGUCGUGCUGUACAUAGUGCCUAGUUUUGUAUACGUGGUGGUGUUCCGACCUCUGCGGCUCCUGAGACUGUUCAAGCUGAAGAAGCGCUACAGAGACGUGUUUGGAACUCUGGUGCUGCUCACGCCUCUCAUGUGCUCCACUGCCAUAGUCAUGUUAGUCCUGUAUUACUUCUUUGCUAUUGUCGGCAUGGAGCUGUUUGCGGGUUAUGACAUGAAGAACUGCUGUAGCAACUCAAGUGUCGAGGACUUCUACAAAUGGAGCAGUAAUGGAACUACCGCUCUCGGCUAUUAUUACCUGAAUACUUUUGACAACAUAGCCACCAGUGGAAUAACACUCUUUGAGCUGACCAUCGUCAACAACUGGUUCAUCUUGAUGAAUAGCUAUGCCAUUGUUGUGUCUCCGUUCAGCAGAGUUUACUUCAUGCUGUUUUAUCUGUUCACCAUGGUCGUGCUGACCAUAGUGGUAGCAAGCGUGCUGGAAGCCUUCCGGUUCCGCAUCCAGUACAAGCGACAGACUUCCAAGAGAGAAGAGGAAAAGCUGCUGCAUGAAGAGGUUCACGUAGAAUGGGAGGAAAUGCAGUCUUGGGUUCAAGACUUCCAGUUGUUGGAGAAGCUAAGAGGGGACCUGGUUGUGGGGGGCACUGCUACAUUCAUUGGCUGUCGACCAAGAAAUCGGGAAGUGCUGCAGCAGCGGAUGUACCGUGCUGAGAUUGACGAGUGGAUGAAAGAUGCAGAGAUGACAGAGCAGCUGGCUGAAAGCAUCCCAAACCCAAGGGAAGACGAACAUCUCAUCACUCCCGGGCAGCCAGUGCUGACAUAUCAACAACCUAUUUCCAUCAACUCCUAGCUUCGAGCUAUCCAGAUAUUUACAGUAAAAUAGUUACUGUUGUCGGUGUGGGGACACAUGUAGCACGUAAAUAGUAUUGUGACAAGAGCUUUAUUUCAUACUUAUUGACAACCAUAUAUACAUAUUUAUAUGUACAAAAAAUUAUUUAUUUUAUCAUUUUAAUGGAUAACAAUGACAGUAUUACUUUUAAACUGCUUUAUUUAAUUUUAGCUAUUAAUUUUUUUAAUUUAAUGUGUUACUAUUGUGUUAAUUUAUUUAUCAUACCAAAAUAAAUGGAAAUCAAAUUUCCAAGAUGGUUAAACCAUAAGCAGAAUAUUAGGUAAUUAUAUGCUAGAUGCAAUGUUAUGAAGAUUUUUUUUUACAUUGCUUACCUUUACUUUUAAUAAUUGGAAGUGCAAAUGAAGAGGAGUUAGUUGAACUGAAGCCACUUUGCAUAUAAGCAGUCUGAACCUUGAAAAUGUGUAUAAUCAAUUUUUAUAGGAUGUGCCGUCAAAUCCUUGUACCAUCAAUAUCCUUCUGAUGUUACCAAGACCAGAAAACAAGCAGUAAUUUUGAUGUUUAACCAGUUUAACAGUUGUUAAUUUUAGUAGGUGCGAUGAAAUCAAAAUAAGAGUGCUAUUUAUUAAAUCAAUGAUUAUCAAUUUCUUUUAAUACUUAUAUCUCAAUCACAAUCAUAAAUAAACAGCAUCACAAAUGUUUUCGAUGUACUUAAAUAUACAAAGUAUAUUUUUUGUUAAUUCCUCCUUAAUUCUCUCUGUAACAAUUCAUAUCAAAACAAGAGAGAGCUAGACGAAAUUUAAAAUAUACUUGUUUUGGCAUAGCUACAGUCUAUAGUAAGGCUACUUGAUGAAUUUCAACCCUUUUAAAAUAAAUCUUACCUAAUAGGAAUACUAAAGAACAGUUACACCACUGUUAUUUAGUUAUUUAUUUUAUACUUCCUUCAGUAAAGUAAAUACCUACUUGAGCAACUUUUGGAAAAAA